AUGCUUGUGGUCCCAUUUCUCUCUCGAGCAACGAGCCGGGCGCGCUGCAAAGGGCCUUCACGCAUUGCGUUUGGGGCAAUCAGCACACGCUCGCCAGCAAUUUUGCCCCGAUCAUCACCGGCAUUGCCCAUUCUCCGCACCUGCAUAAUCGUCAAACCCACGGAGAGCCAAAAUCAAGUCCGAUAUUACUGUUCCCGCUCUGGUCAAACCCAGAAAGCCGACCAUCCUAAAGCGAAAUCGACGUCGGAGAAAGCGGGAAAUCCAGCUGUCCACACGCCUUCAGGGACGAACGAGGUUAUUCACGAGGAUAUAUAUACAGUACCGAAUGUCCUAACGAUUACAAGACUUAUAGCAGCCCCCGUUGUAGGAUAUUUAGUUCUCCAUGACUCUCAUGCGUGGGCUGUGGGACUGUUUGCGUAUGCUGGGAUUACGGACCUGCUCGAUGGCUGGAUUGCUCGCAAAUGGAAUCGCAAGACGGUGGUUGGAACCGUAAUAGAUCCCAUGGCGGACAAGGCUCUUAUGACGAUCCUCACUAUAUGUUUAGCCGCCAAAGGCGCUCUGCCGUGUAUGUGCCCUACAGGGCGAAAUGGCCCAAUAUCUGGAAAUAUUUUGGAGCCAACUGCUUUGCCUGAUCCCCAUCCCCAAAUCCCAGUCCCUUCCGUGCUGACAAUUUCUGUGUUUGGUGCUUUACUGGCUCUCGUUGGCCUCACAACAGCAGCCCCACUCGUCGACACUGAUCUGACAUCAGCGUUGACGACUUUGCAAUAUGUCGUAGCGGCCACCACUGUCUGGAGCGGCGCCAGCUAUGUAUUCAGCAAGGAUGCUGUAAAGAUCCUGAAAUAG